AUAAAAGACAAGAAGUCACAAGCAAAUGAAAGCAUAAAUAGGCAAACUAAGUGGGCAUCUUCUAUUACAUUUUUUUCAUUGUAUAGCUAAAAUGAGUUCAAAAUAUUUGGUAGUGGUGACUCUGGUUGUGAUGGGCAUUGGGUUCGGAGGUUCAGACAUUGCGAAAGAUAAAGCAGAAUGUGCUAGUCAACUAGUUGGGCUUGCUCCUUGUCUUCCUUAUGUUGGUGGAACAGCCAAAGCUCCUACUUUGGAUUGCUGCACCGGACUUAAACAAGUGUUGGACAAGAGCAAGAGAUGCCUUUGUCUCCUUAUUAAAGAUCGGAAUGAUCCUGAUCUUGGUCUUCAUGUUAAUGCUACUCUCGCCGCUUCUCUUCCCGUCUCUUGCCAUGCCCCUUCUAAUAUCACUCAAUGUAUCGAUCUGUUACACUUGCCUCCAAGCUCACCGGACGCUAAGAUGUUCGCGGGAUUUGCUAAUAUUACUGCAAUGUCUGCUAAUACUUCUCCAGUUGGUUCAAGUGGGAAUUCAAGUAGGGGAACAAGUUCUGAUGACAAGAGUGGAAGUGAAAUUUCGAAGAGAUCUAAAUGGGUCAUAUUGCAGAUAAUUUGUGGAAUUUGGCUGUUGCCUUUGAUAUCUUUUGUGUUUUGAUUCGUAAAGAAAUAGUAAGACUAUAUUUAUGUUAUUCAUAAAAAAAAGAUUAUAUUUAUGUUUUUAUUUUAAAUUAUAAGUGUAUUUACAAUUUUAUGAUUUAUUGAAAUUUGGAACUAUUUGUAUUGUAUAA